CAGGAUGGUUCUUGCUAAGAGCUGGACCCUGAAGAAGCACUUUGAAGGCAACCCCACUAAUAGUAACUUUGAGUUGAAGACAGCUGAGCUCCCACCCUUGAAAAAUGGAGAGGUCCUGCUUGAAGCUUUGUUCCUCACUGUGGAUCCUUACAUGAGAGUAGCAGCCAAAAGACUGAAGGAAGGUGAUACAAUGAUGGGGCAACAAGUGGCCAGAGUUGUGGAAAGUAAAAACUCAGCCUUACCAACAGGAACUAUCGUUGUGGCUCCUUCGGGCUGGACAACACACUCCAUUUCUGAUGGGAAACAACUGGAGAAGCUGCCGACAGGGUGGCCAGACACAUUACCACUGUCCUUGGUUCUGGGGACAGUUGGCAUGACAGGCCUUACUGCUUACUUUGGCCUGCUGGACAUCUGUGGUGUGAAGGGUGGAGAAACGGUAAUGGUUAAUGCAGCAGCAGGAGCUGUGGGCUCUGUUGUCGGACAGAUAGCUAAGCUCAAGGGCUGCAAAGUGGUUGGAGCAGCAGGGUCUGAUGACAAGGUUGCCUAUAUUAAAAAACUUGGAUUUGAUUUUGCCUUUAACUAUAAGACAGUAAAGUCUUUGGAAGAAACUUUGAAAAAAGCCUCUCCUGAUGGUUAUGAUUGCUAUUUUGAUAACGUCGGGGGAGAGUUUUCAAAUGUAGUUAUCCCUCAGAUGAAGAAAUUUGGAAGAAUUGCUUUAUGUGGGGCCAUCUCUACAUAUAACAGUACUCGUCCACUUCCUCCAGGCCCACCCCCAGAGAUUGUCAUCUAUCAGGAACUCCGUAUGGAAGGGUUCAUUGUAACCCGCUGGCAAGGGGAUGUACGCCAGAAGGCUCUGCAGGACUUGCUGAAAUGGGUCUCAGAGGGUAAAAUCCAAUACCAUGAAUACAUCAAAGUAGGAUUUGGAAACAUGCCAGCUGCAUUUAUGGGGAUGCUGAAAGGAGAUAAUUUGGGGAAAACAAUAGUGAAAGCUUGAAAAAGGACACAUGGAAUCAAGAGAUCAUUUGGAUGAUUACUUAGUGUUUUUCAUCAUUUAGUGAAAAACGUGUAUUGCCUUAAUUAUCUAAGAAAUAAUAAUAAUAAUAGCAACUGUAAUGACUUUGAUCUAACAAAUAAAUUUAAGU